CUCCUCCUCCUCCUCAGGAGGCGGUGACGGACGACGACGACGACGCUGCUGCCGCCGCUGCCGCCGAGGGAAGACGCGAAAGCAGCCGCCGCCGCCGCCGCCUGGGCCCGCCGCGCGCCUCAGCCAUGUCCCUCAAGCCGUCGCCUCAGCCCUCGCCGCCGCCCCCGUCCUCGUCUUCUCCGCCUCAGCCGCCGCAGGCGCCGGCCCAGCCGGCGGGCAACCACCGCAAGCCCCCCGGCGGCGCCGGGCCGGGGCCGGGGCCAGGCCCGAGCGGGCUCCCGGGUGCCGGCGGCAGCAGCAGCAGCAGCAGCGGCGGCGGCCCCCCCAGGCAGAGCCUAGGCAGAGGUCGUAGCAGUGGCAAAGGGCCGCCUCAGUCUUCAAUUUCUUUUCAUGGCAUCUAUGCAAACAUGCGAAUGGUCCACAUUCUCACGUCAGUUGUUGGAUCAAAAUGUGAAGUACAAGUGAAAAACGGAAAUAUAUUUGAAGGAGUUUUUAAAACAUACAGCUCUAAGUGUGAUUUAGUGCUUGAUGCAGCUCAUCGGAAAACUGCAGAAUCCAAUACGGGGCCAAAACGAGAAGACAUAAUAGAGAGUAUCUUGUUCAAGCCUUCAGAUUUUGUUAUGGUGCAUUUCAAAGAUGUGGAUUCCAGUUUUGCACGAAGAGUUCCUUCAGAAUCAGAUGCUUUUACGGAUUCUGCAAUCAGUGCUAAAGUUAAUGGUGAACACAAAGAAAAGGAUCUUGAGCCUUGGGAUGGUGGAGAAGGCACCACUGCUGAUGAACUCGAAGCUUUAGAAACGGAUGUUUCUAAUGGAUGGGAUCCUAAUGACAUGUUCCGAUACAAUGAAGAAAAUUACGGCGUGGUGUCGACUUACGACAGCAGUUUAUCUUCAUACACGGUACCCCUAGAGAGAGAUAACUCAGAAGAAUUUUUAAAACGGGAAGCCAGAGCAGCGCAGCUAGCAGAAGAAAUUGAAUCAAGCGCUCAGUACAAAGCGCGGGCUGCUCUGGAGAAUGACGACCGGUCGGAAGAGGAAAAAUACACCGCUGUUCAGAGAAACGCGAAUGAGCGGGAGGGCCAUGGUGUGACAGCCAGGGAGAACAAGUACAUUCCACCUGGGCAGCGGAAUCGAGAUGUCUUGUCCUGGGGAACUGGAAGGCAGAAUUCGCCUCGUAUGGGCCAGUCUGGGUCAGGCCCCCCAACUUCAAGAUCUGCGUCUCAUUCGUCAGACUACAAUUCUAACUCUGGAGCAGACCAAAGAGUAGUGAAUGGAGGUGUUCCUUGGCCAUCGCCCUGCCCAUCUUCUUCCUCCCGCCCACCUUCUCGCUACCAGUCAGGUCCCAACUCUCUUCCGCCUCGGGCAGCCACCCCUACAAGGCCGCCCUCCAGGCCCCCCUCGCGGCCCUCCAGGCCCCCGUCUCACCCCUCUGCUCAUGGCUCUCCAGCUCCUGUCUCUACUAUGCCUAAACGCAUGUCUUCAGAAGGACCUCCACGGAUGUCUCCUAAAGCACAACGGCACCCUCGAGGUCACAGAGUCUCUACUGGUAGAGGUACAAUUUCAAGUGGCUUAGAAUUCAUCUCCCAGAAUGUGCCCGGAGAAGCUACCACCCCUACCUCGUCGCGAGGCAGCCCUUCCGGUGGCACGUGGUCAGCAGUAGUCAGUGGGGUCCCUAGGCUGUCCCCUAAAGCACACAGACCUCGGUCUCCGAGGCAGAGCAGCACUGGAGGCAUGUCCCCUGGGCCACCUCUGUCGUCUUCCCAAGCUGGUUCUACUCCGGCAGAGUCUGCCACCACGCCUGUCCCAGCUGCCUCUCCUUCCCCUGUCAGUCCUGCGUCCAACAGAGCAGGCACCCCCUCUGCUGAAGCUAAAGAUUCAAGGCUUCAGGACCAGCGGCAGAAUCCUUCUCCUGCUGGAACCAAGGAAAAUUUAAAACCAAGUGAAACGUCUUCUAGUUUUAGCAAACCUGAAUGCAAAGGGGUCUCUCCAGCUGUUUUAGAACAUAGAAAACAGAUUGACGAUUUAAAGAAGUUCAAGAAUGACUUUAGGUUACAACCAAGUUCCACCCCAGAAGCCGUGGAACAGCUGCUCAGCAAAAACAGAGAUGGGGAGAAGUCUAGAGAGGGGCUGAAGGAGAAGGCCGAUUCCAGCUGUAAAGACUCUGUGAUUGAGACGGUCAGCAAUGCCAUCUCCAGCAGCGGCAGCAGCAAGCCAAACAGCCCCAGUAUCUCCCCCAUGAGCAGCAGCACAGAGCAGAAGCGAGGGCCUGAGGUGACCUCGCAGGGCGUGCAGACCUCUGGUCCUGGAGCAAAACAGGAGCGAGAAGAUAAAGACGAGAAGAAGGACACCACUGAACAAGUUAGAAAAUCGACGCUUAAUCCGAACGCAAAGGAAUUCAACCCUCGGUCAUUUGCUCAGCCCAAGCCUUCCACCACGCCAACGUCGCCCCGUCCUCCAGCCCAGCCCAGCCCUUCCAUGGUGGGCCAUCAGCAACCCACCCCAGUCUACACCCAGCCCGUUUGUUUUGCACCAAACAUGAUGUACCCUGUUCCCGUCAGCCCAGGCGUUCAGCCUUUGUACUCCAUUCCCAUGACCCCCAUGCCGGUAAACCAGGCCAAGACCUACAGAGCAGGUAAAGUCUCCAACAUGCCCCAGCAGCGGCAAGACCAGCACCAUCAGAGCCCCAUGAUGCACCCAGCCUCUGCUGCCGGGGCUCCCAUCGUAGCUACGCCGCCAGCUUAUUCUACGCAGUACGUCACUUACAGCCCCCAGCAGUUCCCCAACCAGCCUCUCGUUCAGCACGUGCCACACUAUCAGUCUCAGCAUCCUCAUGUGUACAGCCCUGUAAUACAGGGCAACGCAAGGAUGAUGGCGCCUCCGACACACCCGCAGCCUGGCUUGGUUUCCUCCACCGCCACGCAGUACGCGACACACGAGCAGACGCAUGCGAUGUAUGCAUGUCCCAAAAUACCCUUCAGCAAGGAGACAGGCCCUUCUUUCUACUUUGCCAUUUCCACUGGUUCUCUUGCUCAGCAGUACGCCCAUCCCAGCGCCACCCUGCAUCCACACCCACCCCACCCACAGCCUUCUGCCACACCCACAGGGCAACAGCAGAGCCCACAUGGGGGAAGCCACCCUGUUCCCAACCCAGUGCAGCCCCAUCAACACCAGGCUGCCCAGGCCCUCCAUUUGACAAAUGCCCAGCAGCAGUCUGCCAUCUAUCACACCGGUCUUGCGCCAACUCCUCCUUCCAUGACCCCAGGCUCAAACACGCAGUCUCCGCAGAGCAGUUUCCCAACGGCACAACAGACAGUCUUUGCCAUCCAUCCUUCCCACGUUCAGCCUGCCUACACCAACCCACCACACAUGGCCCAUAUCCCCCAGGCCCAUGUGCAGUCGGGGAUGGCUCCUUCUCACCCAACUGCCCAUGCUCCGAUGAUGCUCAUGACGACCCAGCCACCACCCGGUGGGGCCCAAGCUGCCAUUGCACAAAGUGCACUACAUAUUCCAGUUUCGACAGCGACACACUUCCCCUACAUGACACACCCUUCAGUACAAACCCACCAUCAACAGCAGUUGUAAAGCUGACCUGGAGUAACUGUGAGGCUGGAUCUACUUUUUUUUUUCUUUUUUAGGCCAAAUGCUUUCCUCUCCUGCUUCUACCAACUUGGAAGCACAGAAACAAAAGAAAAAUGAAACAAAAUCUUAGUAUUGCACUUAUUUUUGUUUUGAGAGAGAGAAAAAUCUUGUAACAUCCAAUAGGAAUGCUAACUGUUCACCUUGCAGUGGGAAAAAUUUGGACUGAGGAAAAGGCAUGUAGAAACCACAUCCAUAAUUCCAUGUGUUGUGUCAAAAGCGGGGAGAGGGGAGGUCCAUUCCUCCCCACUUCCGCUUGCCGGAGGGGGGGGAAAACUGGAAAAAGCUAUUUAUUUUUUAAAACAACCCUUCAAAGUUAUGAAUUCAUCGGCUAGAGAAAGAAGUAACAAGAGCGAAUCUUGCUGCUACUCUCACUAAAAGUAAAAAUAAAAUCAAGAAUUUAAAAAAUCCCUUUUACUUCUAAUGAAAAAGUUCAGAAAAAGCAAGUCCUAAUCAUCAAACAGAUAUGAAUUUAUUAUUUAUAAAAUCAUGUUUGAUGAGGGGGGAAAUCGCUGUCGUGAGGCAGCAGCAUAACUUUUAAGUUAAAAGGAAACUUUUACUUUGUAGAUAAUAUAAAAUAAAAGCUUAAAAAAAAAUUAAAAAUAAAAAAAGUUUUAAAAACUGA